CAGCUUGAACGUUAAAAAACAAAAUGAUUGAAGGGGAAUUGAGGGAAAUCAGCACUUCAACUCUUUCACCUUAGUUACAUAAGUGGCAACCAAUCUUUGAAAUUAAACCUGUCUCGGUGGAAUAGAGUCACUUAACCAUCCUGUCCCCCUUUUCGCUCAAAAAUGGAAAAAGAUCAAAGUUAAUCCUGAAACAAAUCAUAAAUACAGCCUAAUGGUGGUCCACGUUUCUACCAUCCAGAAAGUGACACAAUGUUCCUCAGUUUUCGUGGAUGGAUUAUUUGUAUAAUAGCAGCAAUUUUCUUAACUGCACACUCUUUCACGCCAUCAGUUAAAGUCCAUUUUCAUUCCAUGCUGCCCCGUCCUUUGUCUUACUAUCCUUCCCGUCUAUGUGAACAUGCGUGUCUGUGUGGAGGGAGGGGAACUCACCCUACCAAAAUAUAUUUGAAAUCGACAGAACAGUUUUUUUUUUCUUAUGCGCAAUUACGCACGGUCUACUGUGGGCACAAUUUGUCUUUGCCCAGACGAUUUCGGUAGAAUGAACUUCACAACUGCUGAGAUAUUUACUGGGUCUAUGGAUCUUUUGUCUACAUUUUGGGGAGCAGGGUAUUCGGCAGCCCACAGGCUGUCCAACAUGUCUUUUGACGUCACGUGUCAACUUUGUGAUGCGCGCACUGCGGUUUUUAAGUUUCAGUCUCUCUGCACAUCAGGCUGAAAAGAGAAAGGGAUCCAGGGUGGUCAUAGACUACGGAAAAAAUAUACUUGUAGUUAAUAGGUCAGGUAUUUUGGGAAUAUGCCUACAGCGCGCCACGUGCGUAAUGACGAGUAAGCCUCUAAAUAGAAGAAUUAAGGCGUCGUAUCUUUGCGAAGGGUGGGAGAGUAUGUUAGCGUACUUAACCUAGGAGGGGGCUGUGUUUAGGAAUUACUCAUUUCUCACACCAACACUGGCACAUCUGUGCGCGUCUAUGUCACCACCGGACGGGUCUCCAAGCCCAUGGAUAAAAAGGAACAGGAGGCAGCAGAAUGGUUGUUGUGGGAGCGAAUAACGGAAGCUUCGGGGGUGGCAACAUGAGGUCCUCAUUAAUGAUAGAGGACAGGGUCGGUGGUGAAGAUCCCGGGGGCUCCACCAACAUGAUGAUCUCGGAGGCUCUUGCGCCCCGGCUGCUGAUGAUUGCGCAGGGCGCCGCAGAGGCUGCAGCAGCAGCGGCAGCAGCAACUUCUCCGUCCACCUCCAGUCAGCCGCAGGUCAUGGAGACGAACGGGACCCGGUGCGGCGAGCAGAUCUUGAGCUACGGCCGGGUGGAAAAAGUCCUGAUCGGUGGGGUCCUCACCAUGCUCACGCUGUCCACUAUCUGUGGGAACUUACUGGUGGUCAUCUCCGUGUGCUUCGUCAAGAAGCUGCGCCAGCCGUCCAACUAUCUGAUUGUUUCUCUGGCCAUGGCAGACCUGUCAGUAGCGCUGGCUGUGAUGCCGUUUGUCAGCAUCACGGACCUGAUUGGUGGUCAGUGGAUAUUCGGACAGUUCUUCUGUAAUGUUUUUAUUGCCAUGGAUGUUAUGUGCUGUACUGCAUCCAUCAUGAGCCUGUGCGUAAUCAGCAUUGACAGGUGAGAUCAACUUCUUUUGAGCCUUUGACAAAGUAAAGAUAACUCGCACCCUUAAUGUAAUAAAACAGUAGCGAACAUCUAUGUGAAUUUAAAAGCAGGAGGAAAAUCGUUUUCAAAUACAAAUGUCCAAUAUCUAAAAUUUAACACUUACAUAAAACUUUUAUCCACAGGAAUUUUGGUACAGGAGUCUCCGCAUGAGCAAUCUCUCUAAAGAAAGACAUGUUUUGUCAGAUCCUUAGUCUUUAAUCCCACUUUGCCUCCACAUAACCCCAAUCUUCCAAAAAAAGGAAAAAAAAAUCACAUUAUGCAAUCAGACGAGAUAUUUUGUGGCUCAGUCCUCUACCCACUCAAACAUGGGAUUUGUGUCAGGGAGGUCAGCACAGAGUCUCACUCUUGCUCAGAAUUGAUGUUUAAUGUGGGAAUAAAGCUGCAGUCUUGUCUCCUGUACAUCAGGUUCUUUUCAUCUAACAAAGAAAGUAAAGGCAAGAGGGGGGAGAGGGCUACAGCUCAAAGAAUACCUGCCAAAUUUUGCCCAAAUUUCAAAGAACAUAUUUCUGGAUCUCCACUUACAGUUAAGGAUUAAAUAAUCAUUAAUUAUUUUUGUGCGUCUCGUGAAAUUUUACACAGAUCUCCAAAUUGAGGGUGCGAAUGGCAGUCACAGAUUGUUCUAAAACAUUUUGCCCAAGGGCACCUUGUUGUGGGUGGAGAGAGUACUAUUUAUGUACCUACAUUUUUUUUAAAAAAAUGCCCAUGUGUUCAAAUACCUGUAAAUUAAAAAAAAGAAAAGGUGACAGAGGGAAUCUUGCUUAUAUGAGGUAACAGUCUUUCAUGUUAUUUUUCUCUGCAGGUAUUUAGGAAUCACUAAACCCCUGACAUAUCCUGUCCGGCAAAACGGCUGCUGCAUGGCCAAGAUGAUCCUGUCAGUGUGGCUCCUCUCUGCCUCCAUCACCCUCCCCCCUCUGUUCGGCUGGGCGCAGAACGUCAACGACGGCAGAGUCUGCCUCAUCAGCCAGGACUUCGGCUACACUGUCUACUCCACAGCUGUGGCGUUCUACAUCCCAAUGUCUGUGAUGCUGAUCAUGUACUACAGGAUCUACAGGGCAGCCAAACUCAGCGCUGCAAAGCACACAAUCACAGGCUUUCCCAGGCAGGGUGAGCAGGGUGCAGGGGCUGCCCCUCGAGGAGGAAGAGGGGGCCAUGAAAUCCCACCACCCCCGGUAUCAGAAGAAACAGGGAGUGUUGAAGGGACAGAGGCUGAGCAGGAGGAGGAACUUGAGGAAGAGGAGAGCUUGGACUGCGUUGCAGCUGCUCUUAAGCUUCAGCGUGAGGUGGAGGAAGAGUGCAGCACGCGCGUCUCUCGCCUCCUCAAGACCGGCGAACACCACCAACGCCGGAAGAGGAAAAACCAGUCCAUCUUCAAACGGGAGCAGAAGGCAGCUGCCACUCUGGGCAUAGUGGUUGGCGCCUUCACUUUCUGCUGGCUGCCAUUCUUUCUUGUGUCCACUGCCAGGCCAUUUGUCUGCGGUGUGGAGUGCAGCUGCGUUCCGCUCUGGCUUGAAAGAACUCUCUUGUGGCUUGGGUACGCCAACUCCCUCAUUAAUCCCUUCAUUUAUGCAUUUUUCAACAGGGAUCUUAGGACCACCUAUAGCAACCUUCUGCGGUGCCGCUACAGGAACAUCAAUAGGAAAUUGUCAGCGGCUGGCAUGCACGAGGCUCUGAAGCUGGUGGAGAAGCCAGACACUGAUGUGUAAAGAUGUAGGUCAUCAGCGUAGCUUCAAAGUCCAACACAGACAACCAUUAGGGAGAUAAUCAGGUACAGGGCACCAGGUCACUACGCUGCCAGGCUGGUGAUUUCCCAAAAUUUGUAUGAUGAUUACUGAGGCGAUACAGGGCAAGUUCCACUGAUGAAAGGAAGAAGGAGAAAAACCUGGAAGACACUGGGGAUCGAGACUUAAUUUAGGGAUGGUUCAUCUCACUGGGAACAAAUUAAUACUGUAUGAAUGGAGGCUACUGCAGCACUGAACUUACAACCACUGGAUUCUUAGUACCCUGAUGGUGAGGUCCAACAAUUGUAAUGAUAGUUGAUACCCAUGUGCACUCCAAAAACGGACUGUUACUCUGCCGACAGAACAAAAGUUGAUGAAGGUACACAUUGUACUCAGCUUCCACUGUGGGCAGAAAUGGUCUACAUCUACGGCUGAUGUCUUGUAUUUCCAUAGUGAGCCAAGGAAAGCUCAAGACUUGAUGAUAAAAAUGAUGGAUUCCUCAGAGCUUCAAAUUCUGCAUGAGGCUCGCACAUUAAAAGUCUUGAACGUCAUCCUUGACUAUCACAGAGAAACUGUCUUUCGCUGUUUCUAGAUGUUGAGUUGAUGGACAAUCUUAACAAGUAGAUAAUUACAUAAGAAGUCACAUGUGAAAUCUGUACACAGGCCGAGCCACACUGUUUCUAACAAGUCCGAAUGGCUCCUUACAAUGAGUUUUUGUACCUAGAAUUUAUGUCUUUUGUUUUCUUUUCAAUAUCACAGUGUAAUGAAUGUGCCAAAACAUGCUUACUUUCCUAAACUAGUCAUGCCACAUCUUUGAAUUUAUUACUCUUUUUGUAAUCCGGCUGCUCACAAUCAAACAAAGCGUAUGAAAUGAUUUUGAAAGGAAGUGGAGGUGAAGGUCAAGAAUGAAUGGAAGAUCCUGAAAUAAGAUCACUUUGAACAUGCCUGUGCCUUUCUCUCUGUUACUGUGUAGGAUUGCAGCACACGAGUCUCCUUUUUAUCUAUGCACCUUGUGUUGAAGAUCUGACACAACGUUUGACGGUUCUCUGGGCACUUGAAGUCGAUCACUGCACAGUUUCUGUUGUGUAUCACAUCACACAGUAGCUUGUGGAAGAGCAAUUAUCAACCUGAGGAGUGAGUGAUGGUUAAAACAGUGAGCUUUUUGUCUCUUUAGCUUUAAGGUCUUUUCUUUUUUCUCACAUAUUUUUAUCCAAAGUAACACUUUUUCAUUUAUUAGUUAAAUUGAAUUGAACUCUUUAUUAAAUUAUAUGUGACUUUAUUUGAUGAUUUACAUUAUUUGCAAUUAUUUAUUUGAUGGAAAUACUAAAUAAAAUGGUCAUAAGUUGUGAUUUAAAGCUGCUGUGAGGGCAAAGAUAAACAUUCACGCACCUUUUCUGUCUUGUCCUUAUCAACUCAAGACUUUCAUAAAUCUCAUCCUGCUUUCUUACACAGUCAGAGAUGUCUUUUAUUGUGAAUAUUUGCUGUAUAGUGUAAUGUAAAGACAGGCUGUUUCUACAGUGUGCUGUCGAUCGUCUGGUCCAACACCUACCCUGUGGUUACAGUUUCAGGAGAUGUGCACAUCUGAAGUCAGCUAAACAACUAAAUCUCAUCACUCUAGCUUGUCAGCUCGGACAUUAUUCAUUGUUUUAACAAGUUAUGAAUACUUUUUACUGUUGUAGGCCUGAAGUGCUGCUCAUAUAUUGUGUCUAAGCUCCGCCACUAUCCGGGGCUGCAGCUCUGGUUAUUGGUGAAAUGCCAUAAUGCUCGGAAGCUCUACUAUCUAGAUGUAAACAAGCACAGCUGACAGAUGCCAUCAUGUAGUGGCAGUAUUUUGAUCUAGAAAAUUGAGAUAAAAUUGUAUGUAGGCAGUGCCUGGUUAACCAGACCGGAGUGAUGAGUAAUAAUCACAGGCAUAUCAGGACAUAAACAUGCAGGGAGGACUAAAGGCUCGUUAUGCUAGCUCUGCCGCCAAACGCCACAAUCAGCAAAACAAAUUUGCCAUUGUUUAUCUGCAGACUUUGUUAUCCUGCGUUAAAUAAAACGAGCUCAAUUUUGACUGUUCACUGAUUAAUUUCUGAUCUGGUUGGCUUGUUGGGAUUCCAAAUUCUGUCUAAUCAGCACUGAAAUUUGUGGCUUGUUGAUUCAAACAUCGAAAGUUGAAUAUGGAUUUGGAGUUUACAAAAAGACAUCAAUAUGAAUUUAAUGUGUUUCAUAUAAUGUGCUGACAGAACAAGCCCCUCAGAAGUCAAUGUAUGAUGAGAGGAAUGAGAAAGAUGGCAGCAACUCAUAUGUUAGAAGCAGGUACCAACAGAAGUCUCGUUUCCAGCUUGAUAAAAAUAUUUUUUUGCCUAAAGAAAAUGGUUUGAAAUCCAAAGAACAAUACAUUAUAAUAGGAAAUCACCGAAAUCUUUAACUGGGAAGGAGUACAAUUAUCUUUUUUAACCAUUUUAACCUCCUACCAUAUUGUAGGAGGAUUAACUUGUGCACUUAAAGAGAAACUUAAGAGAGUUAAUCACAAGAGUUAUUUAGGAGUUAUUUUACAAAACUGCCAAUAUGAUAGCCGAUGCGUCUCUCUGAAGACUUUUCUGUUAUUGACUGUUGUCUUUUGUGAAGUGCUAAUGAUGUUGGCCAUACUUCUGGAAAUCCUAAAUAUCAAACAUCUGUUUGUUGAAACAGCCCAGACUGAAGCUAUUUCAAAAUAGUUAAUCCCAAAAAAGUUGACCCAGGCUCAACAUCAAUACAGACCAAGUAAAAAAAAACAGAUUUCUCAUCCUAUUGUUAGGAGAAAAAAAUAAACCAGGAUAGCUUUAACCAAAGCUCCUUUGAUCUGAGAUUGGCGCUAAUUUGUCUUCACUGAACAAAAAUACUGUCUACUCUGAUUCAUCAGCACUCUUUCAGUGUUACUUGAUCAAUUUCAAUUGAUUAUAGCUUUACCAUGUCAACCACUUUCAGAUUUUGCCUGACUGACUGUUGCACGAUGAAUCAUUACAGCAUUCAAACAAAACUGAUCUAUUUUUUCAGUCAUCAAACUUGUAGACACAAGUGUCAUCGCUUCCUGAUGUUUACCUGCUGCUUCCAUUGAGUUCUAUGUAAUCACAGAGUGGACUCAACAUAGUGAUCUCAUGGGCUUCUAAUCAAGGACACGGCUCACAGUACAAAUCUGUUUGGGAUGAUAAAAGCAGGUGUUUCACCAGUGUUCCCAAUCUCCACCCUCUGGGAUUAAACUAUCAGCUCAAUGUUUCACCAUAGGAAAGCAUAGGUUCAGCGCUUGGAAAAUGCAUUGGGGCAGCAACAGAGUUCAUACAGUCAAAUGUUAAUGUACAUUAAAAAUUAUAAUCAAAUUAAUGGUAAGCCAUCUCCUGUAUAGUGCCCGGAAUAAGCUCAGUGUAAGCACCUUAAACAUAACAGCUGGGGCAAACCGAGUCCUAUUUUUGCUUUUUGUUACUAAUUUUAGGUUUCACACCAGAAGAGAGAGAGAGAGAGAGAGAGAGAGAGAGAGAGAGAGAGAGAGAGAGAGAAAGAGAGAGAGAGAGAGCGAGAGGAGUAGGGGGGAGGUUUUAAGUCUUAUUCCAAUUAAACCACAAUCAUUUUGGGGGGAGGGAGGGGUCUUAAUACUUUGAGAAUAAUGGAUGGGCUUUUUACUACACUUCCUGUCUUAAUACAGUCUGUGCUGCUAAAUGUGUCCUCAUUAACUUGAAUUUGAACUGCAACUAAGUGAGAAAGAGCAACAGAGGGCAGUAAGUCUCUUUUUACUGAGUUGGCACUGUAAUUGCUGCUGUUGGUGUUUUUCUAAUCAUUAAUUAAAGCUGCCCAGUGCAAGAUUCUUUUUUAGACAUUAAAAUAUACCCAGCUUCUGAGUCUUAAUGACCACAAGGGACUGCCAUUGCAUUGCUAUACUAUUCAGUGAGUUUCAAACUAAAAAACAAACUGCAAACAAACUAAGUUUGUCCAGAGGGCAGUGAGACUUUGUCUUGCUUUUCUCAUCUUUCUUCAUAUCAGAUUGGCAAACAGAACAGUGUGUGGUUUUCUGGUGCUUUGUAAACUUGUCUGAUGUAACCGCAGCUGAAUGUUCAAAUAAAAUCUUCCGCGUCAUAGUUCACAGCUCAGCCAAUUCAUGCCUUCAGCCUUGUAGAAGAAUUAGUUUACUCUUUGAGCUGUGAACUGAACUGGAAAUGUUGAGAGCCACUGAACUAAACUUGUUCUGGGCUCGGCUCUAUUUCCUGUCACAGAAGAUAAGGAGUUUUUGCCAGUCGAUAUGAGCAGGGGAACAUCUUUCUAAAAGCCGCAGCAGAAAAUGUCCUGAUGCUGAGGCUCGUAUGAUCAAAACCCAGGAGGGGGAGUAAUGGUUUUUAGGUCAUUAGAUUGGUCAGGCAGGAGCUGCUCCACAGACGGAGUAAGAGGGGAGAUGUGUCAAAAGGUGAAUUAAAGAUAGAAGCUCUGUCCCUGCAUUCAGUGUCUGUCAGCUGCAUUUCAGCUCCAGACUGAGUGACAGGUGCGAGUGACUGUUCCCUCGUGUUUGACAAGAGGAGAGUUAAAAAGCCUGUCUGUCUUUGCACUUCCCUGAGAGAGCAGCCCCUCAAACACUCCACAGAGCUGUAUCUGAUCAGACCAGGAACCUUUGCCCAUGAGAGUUUUAACAGGAUGAAACACAAAAAAACUCAAUCGUUUUGGUGACUCAUUAUCUUGUUUUAUAAAUGUAUGUCUCUUGUUUUUUUUUUGCAGCUUAUUUAGGGAAGCUGAAUGACUUAGAUACUAUGAUUUUUCAGGUGGGACAAAGUCUGCUUCACAAAUGUCAAGUUUCAAAAUUGGUUCCUUCUUUCGAAGUUUAAGUUUUAAUUUAGAAUUUAAAAAAAUAUAUAAAUAAAACACAGGUCUUUAAUAAAUCAUAGAGGAUUGUUGAAAUUUACCCUGAAAAACAAACCAAAAAAACCCAUCUAAAAUGAAUCUGCUAAAAGAAAAAAAAAGUGCUUUUAUUAGUCAAAUUACAACCCACAAUGAGGAGGAAGAAGAAGAGGUCAAAGGUCAUUAAGGUUGGGAAUCAUUGAUGUACUAUAAAUGUGUCAAUGGCAGCUGAAGUGACACAACCAACCAAAGAUCAGUCAUGCUAGCAUCGAUGUCAUGACUGUCAAACAAAGGAUGUCUUUUCAACAAAUUUUCUAUUCCAUGAAUUGACCCAAAAUGCUCUCAGAGAGUGACUGCUACUGCAAAAAUAAAGACAAAUCACUAUACUAUUAAAGGGUUAUGGUAAUAAAAACAAAAACUGCUCAGAGGGGUUGCUGUCUGUUCCUAGAGCUGAAUGAAGUGUGCCAGGAAUGUUUAAAAUUUCAAUUUAGUGAGAACUCAGACUCACAGUGUUUGGUGUGUUGUAACCACAAUCUGUGUUUGACCAGUAAAGGCGUAAUAAACCACACUGCAGUCCUUGUUAGUGUGUUUAAUCAGCAUUUUUAUGAAGCACUUGUACCAAAGGGGAUGUUCUCUUCUGGGAUUACGCACACCACGCUGAUUGUAGACAGAUAUCAAUCCUCUAGAGGUAAUCAUGCUUUUAUAUAAUACUUACCGGUGUAUUUCUUCUGAUAAUAUUGUACAUAUGUCAUAAAAACAGAGGGAAAAACAGAUGACAUCACUACUCCCUUGUGUGUACAACAUUAGGCAUGACAACCCAUAAAACAUUGCAAGAGGAGCUGUUUGUGAUUUAUCUGCACAGAUGCAAAAUUAUUGAAUUCCCACAAUACUUGUAUAUGUGCAAAAAAAAUCUGUGGACAAGAUUGUAAAAAUGUUGUUGCUGCUGUUUUGGUUGAACCAUGUGUGUCUUGUAAUAAAAUGUUCAUGUUUUUUUAUUUGAACAGCAGGUUUCUAAUAAGCUUUUAAACACAGUUUGAUCAACAGAUGGUCUGUGAAAAUGUUCAAACAAAAGCUUUGGAGAGCGAGAACAAACAAGAACAACAGAUUUCAUAGUACCAGAUCUGAAGUUAAGAGGUCAAAGUGUGAAAUAUUCAGACAACACUGGUGGAGGUAUUUGCCCUUCCUUGUCCAAAUGUAAAUAAAUUAACACUUAAAUGAAACAGUUUUGACUUCUGUCUGUGUGAAUACCUUCUACUUCUUUUUUAUGUACCUGUCUUCAGUUCACAUGAACACUAAAUGGAAAAACAUUUCACUUAUUAAAGUCCUCAACGUGAACCAAAUUUCUCUCUUUAUCUGGAGCUUACAUGCAAACUUUAUGGACUUUUCUUAAACUUAAAUACAAUAAGCUGUCACCAUUAAUGUGAGAUAGCACUCCUCUGAGUGUAAGAGUAAUAUUCAGAGGUGGAAAAAAAGAACCAUUAGUCUUUCUUUCAAAGUACCCUCCAUCACAGCGACACUGUCUUUGAUAAGACAGUACUGAGAAUAAAACUGUUCAAGGUGGCUGUCAGCUUUUCUGAGAAUACAAAUGAAGCAUCAAAGACCUUGUACAUCAACUUUAUUACAGCAUUUCUUGUGAUACUUCAAAGAAAGGAGAUGGAGAAGAAUCAGAGGAUUCAAUACGCUUUAUAAAGUUUUGCUUACUAUAAGAUUGAAAAGUGUAGAUCUGACUGCUUUUUGAUGUGAACAAUUUGUGGUCAGCUCUAAAAACACAUUCAUCAGCAAGAAGUUAAUAACCAUCAGAAAACGGCUGGGAAAAAAACGCUGCUUGGUUGAUAUAGACAGGUAUCUAUAAGACAGUAUCUUGUUCAAAUUUUGCAAAAGGAGUUUUAGCCACAUGUAUAUAACUCAAAGCAAAGCACAAAUCAAAUCAUUUCAGUUCAAGUAAAAACUUAUCACCAAACUAACUUGCUGAAUAAAACCUCAAAGAGAGGAGACAGCUCUCCAGAUUUCUGACUUGUGAAUAAGACAGGGAGGUGACACAACCAAUCCUGUUCAAUCAAAAAUACACAAUGACUUAACAAGGAAGUG